CCACCUAUUCACCAUCGCGAAGGCGCACCCGUCGGCCGUCGGUUGUCGAUUCUCCUGGAGGUUUUGUGCUUCGUCCUUACGGUUGUGAAAUUUCUGAACUCCAUUUGUUUCUAAGGCAUCCGACAUCUCUUCUUGGGUCAAGGAUAGAGGAGAAGCAUACUUUGAUGGAGAAAGUGGUAGUCAUGGUUUCUGGGGUUGUUAGUGAAGAAAGUUUUCUCGUGUGUUGUAUGUUUGAGGAGGCGGUGUCUCUUGCUUCUUCUAUCUUGAGGCAUAUUUGUAAUUCAGAUGCACCAAUAGAUGAAAUUCAACUGGAGGAUAUGAUGGAGUCUUCUGGUAUGAUACUGGUUCAGUCCUUGAAGGAAUUGGGGAGGACACCUGAAAUGCUGAAUGAACUUAAAUUUCUGUUCGGUUCUGUGACUGCUAUACCCGUUCAAGUUGUACUUACCGGGGCCUGCUUCCAGAUAUCAGAAAGUUCUUGUUCUGGUCUUCAGGAAUUCCUUUCAGAGUUCUUGAGUAAUUGGCGAUACGUGGAUGGCCAGGCUGGACAAUUUGGGGAUCAUUAUGAAAGAUAUGAUGGACAUUCUGUACUGGGAGUGGACAAGUACCUGGAAGUUGUGGAGGUCUACACCAUAACACUUCUUGGGAUGGUUUUAAAUGAAAAAGAUGUUGCUAUAUCCUGGUUGGAGAAAGCUGAAUUGCCUGAGGAAAAACGACAAGAACUUUUGAGAAGAUUAUGCUCCUUGUAUUCUCCAUCAGCCACCAAAUCAUCACGAGCUGUGGACUCACUUUCGUUAUCAGAAGUAAAUAAGGCUCAUGCUGCUUUUGUCAAAGAGAGAAGUAUAUCUGAAGUUGAUGAAUCUUUGAGAUCUUCAAAAGCUGGAUAUUCAUCUGAUGGGAUGAUUGGAAGAAAACAGGGCCAGGCCAUUCUAAAACUUUCAGAACGGAUGCACCAAUGCUUCUGGUGGUCCCGUACUGUCAACCUGAAGUUUGGGAAUGCUCGGUUGGUCUUAACUCAUGGAAAGAUUGUGCUUUGGAGCUCAUUAAUUGUUGUUAUUUAUUAUGUUCUUCGGCAGAAACGGGUUACUUUGAGGCGGAUUGCUAGCAGGAAAGUUUCAUCUGUGAAAAAAGCGCUGGUAGAUAUGUGGCAACUGGCAUUUUCUGUCCAGGUGAAUCCUCUGGCAGCCGUCCAACCUCUCCCUGUUGCAGCACGUGGAAGCAGGUGAUGAGCCAUGUCAUAUGAUGUUUCUUAGUUUUAAAACUGUCCAAAACCUGGAAAAAAGGUGAAAGAAUCAGAAAUUCCAUAUCUGUCCUCCACUGCCC